AUGUCUGCUGCCAGCUGUCUGAGAUCUGAAGAUCCGUUUCUGUGCUCCAUCUGUCUGGAUGUGUUCACUGAUCCAGUCACCACACCAUGUGGACACAACUUCUGCAAAAACUGCAUCAAUGAACACUGGAACAGUAAUGGCCAGUGUCCAAUGUGUAAAAAAGUUUUCACCUCAAAACCUGAACUUGAAGUCAACACUUUCAUCUCUGAGGUUAUUUCUCAGUUCAGACAGGAAGCUCAACAGAAAGCCAGCAGCAGCAGCUCAGAGCAACAAGCUGCCAAACCAGGAGAAGUUCCCUGUGACGUCUGUACUGAAGAGAAGCAAAGAACAACAGAGAAACAGGCUGAAGACUUCAUCAAAGAGCUGGAACAGGAAAUCUCUGAGCUGAAGAAGAGAAGCUCUGAGGUGGAGAAGCUCUCACACUCUGAAGACCACCACCACUUCCUCAAAAACUUCCUGUCCCUGAAAGCUGUUCCACCCACCAAAGACUGGACAGAGGUCAGUGUUCGUCCAUCAUCAUAUGAGGGGACUGUGGUUAGAGCUGUGGCUCAGCUGGAGGAGACGCUCAGUAAACAGAUGAAGAAACUGCUCGCUGAGUUCGAGCUGAAGAGGGUCCAGCAGUAUGCAGUGGAUGUGACUCUUGAUCCUGUUACAGCACAUCCUAAACUCAUCCUGUCUGAUGAUGGGAAACAAGUAAAUUAUGGUGAUGUGAAGAAAAAUCUCCCAGACAACCCAAAGAGAUUUACACGUUUUAGUAUUGUUUUAGGAAAGCAGAGUUUCUCUUCAGGCAGAUUUUACUUUGAGGUUCAGGUUAAAGAGAAGACUGACUGGAAUUUAGGAGUGGCCAGAGAGUCGAUCAACAGGAAGGGACAAAUCUCACUGUGUCCUCAGGAUGGUUUCUGGACUAUAAGGUUGAGAAAUGGAAAUGAGUACAAAGCUAAUAGUGGCCCUUCAGUCCAUCUCUCUCUGAAGUCUCGUCCUCAGAAGGUGGGGGUGUUUGUGGAUUAUGAGAAGGGUCUGGUCUCCUUUUAUGAUGUAGAUGCUGCAGCUCUUAUCUACUCCUUUACUGGCUGCUCAUUCACUGAGAAACUCUACCCAUACUUCAGUCCCUAUAAUAAUGAUGGUGGUAAAAACUCCGCCCCUCUGAUCAUCUGUCCUGUCAAUCAAACUGUCUGAUCUAGUUUCUAUGAUCAGCAACUUAUUGAGCAGCACCAACAGUUAAUUUACUUCAUGUGUUAAUUUUUAAGUUUUACAUUAUCAGUGUAAAUAUACACA